CUUGGGGGGAAGUAUCCAGUGAGGUCUGGACAUCGACCAGAUAUCGAAGUGUCCGUAAGACAUGAACAUUUUGGUAUCCACGAUAUUGCUGGGCCUGCUGGCCACAGCUCUCUGCGAAAAAGAGACGACCAAAGACGUCCAGACCGAAGACUCGACCGUAGAGAAGAAACAAGAAAAAAGAGGAUUGAGUCACUACGAAGGAGGUGGAGGAGGUGGAGGAGGUGGAGGAGGUGGUGAUUACGGCGGAGGGCACGAGAUCGCUCUGUCCGGAGGAGAGGGUGGUUACGGUGGCGGUUCCGAGGGUGGUUAUGGUGGCGGUUCCGAGGGUGGUUAUGGAGGCGGCUACGAAGAGGGUUACGGCGGUGGUUCCGGCGGUGGUUACGGCGGUGGUUCCGGCGGUGGUUCCGGCGGUGGUUACGGCGGUGGUUACGGCGGUGGUUACGGCUACCAAGAGGGCGGCAAAGUCAAAGAAAUCACGAUCGUGAAGAGCGUGAAGAUACCUUAUCCGGUCGAGAAGAAGGUUCAUUACCCAGUGGAGAAGGAAAUACCGUACCCAGUCAAAGUCCCCGUACCUGAACCGUACCCGGUUGAGAAGAAGAUACCUAUACCCGUGAAGGUUCUGGUCAAAGUACCUGUACACAUUCCGCAACCUUAUCCAGUGGAGAAGAAAAUACCGUAUCCGGUUCACGUGCCGGUAGAGAGACCGGUACCUCACAAAGUCUACGUGCCACAACCGUACCCAGUGGAGAAGAAGAUUCCAUACCCAGUCAAAGUACCUGUACCACAACCGUACCCGAUCGAGAAGCCGGUACCGUACCCCUUGAAGAUCGUGGAGCACGUACCGCAACCGUUCCCCGUCGAGAAACCGAUACCGUACCCAGUCAACGUACCCAUCGAAAGACCGUACCCGGUCCACGUACCCAAACCGUAUCCAGUGCCCGUCGAGAAGCACGUACCAGUACCAGUUGAAAAGGUGGUACCCUAUCCAGUCAAGGUACACGUGGAGAGACCAGUUGGAGUGCCGGUAGAGAAGCCAGUACCUGUCGAAGUUAAGGUACCCGUACCAGCACCUUACCCGGUAGAGAAGCACGUACCAUACCCCGUGGAAAAGGCGGUACCAUACCCUGUCAAAGUACCCGUCGAACGACCGGUAGCCGUUCCAGUCACGAAACACGUGCCUGUACCUGUGGCCAAACCUGUGCCCUAUCCAGUUAAGGUACCGGUUCCUGUGUCGGUGCACAGUGGUAAUGGCGGAGGAGGCUACGGUGGAGGAGGCUACGGCGGAGGAGGCUAUGGUGGAGGAGGCUACGGCGGAGGAGGCUACGGCGGUGAGGGCGAAUACGGGGGCUACGAAUCCAGCUACGGGGGUCAUUAAUGGGAGUAGGUCGCCAUCGGUUUGAUCGCAAACCGUCGCGUUGUGUAGGUUCUACUUAUUCAAGAUUGAACCUGAACUUCUGACGCGAAUCUAAAGGGAUAUAUUUAUUGUAAAUCAUCGUCGCUGAAAGAAUGUCGCUGCACUUAGGAUCUACGUUAAGCUAUUUAGAAGAAGGGGGAUUCUCGAAAUGUUAUGUGCUUUAGUCGAGCGAUUCACGUAGAUUGUAGCGUUUUGAUACCCUUUGAUACUCGAGUACCUAAGAAUACACACAUUGUAUGCGUACACGUUGUAUUGUACAAAGAAUUCUCUUGGCGUUCGCGGGCUGAGCAAGGGAACUUUGCUUGGCCCGACGAAUACCACCGUGUCUUUCGCUUCUUUCUAAUAAAACCAAAGAGCAAAAUCAA